UGUCGACUUAUUUCCAGACCCUUAGUGCGUCCGGAACUUGAAAGCCGCUCACUAUGAGCCGCGCUCCUCCUAUGCAGCCCCAAAACUGUGGCCCAUGGGAACUAAAGGAGAGACUCGGAACUGGGGGAUUUGGGAAUGUUACCCGGUGGCAGAACAAGGACACCAGUGACCAGAUAGCUAUAAAGCAGUGCCGUCAGGAGCUGAGCUCCAAAAAUAAGGAGAGAUGGUGUUUGGAGAUCCAGAUAAUGAAGAGGUUGAAUCAUGUCAAUGUGGUGGCAGCAAGGGAGGUACCUGAGGAACUGCAGAAAUUAGCCACUAAUGACCUGCCGCUGCUGGCCAUGGAGUACUGUCAAGGGGGAGACAUCCGCAAGUAUCUCAACCUGCUGGAGAACUGCUGUGGAAUGAGAGAAGGCUCUGUUCUGAUCCUGCUGAGAGAUAUAUCCUCUGCACUCACUUACCUCCAUAAGAAGAAGAUCAUACACAGGGAUCUUAAACCAGAGAACAUUGUGCUCCAGCAGGGAGAGAAACGGUUGAUACAUAAGAUCAUUGAUUUGGGCUAUGCUAAGGAGCUGGACCAGAGCAGCCUCUGCACAUCUUUUGUAGGGACCCUGCAAUAUCUGGCUCCGGAGCUGUUGGAGCAGCAGAAGUAUACAGUGACAGUGGAUUACUGGAGUUUUGGGACCCUGGUUUUUGAGUGCAUCACCGGUUACAGACCCUUUCUCCCAACCUGGCAGCCCGUCCCAUGGCAUAGUAAGGUGAAACAGAAGAAAGAGAUGAUGAUUGUGGUCUAUGAGGAUUUGACAGGAGAAGUGCACUUCUCUCGACACUUGCCACAGCCCCACAACCUCAACAAGCUGUUAGCCAGUAAGAUGGAAUGCUGGCUGCAGCUGAUGCUGAAGUGGUCACCUCAGGAAAGAGGGAGAGACCUAAAGCACAGCUGUCAGAAGAAGAAUCUAGAUGGGACUGACUCUGAAGAGAAGAACCGAAAAUCCCAGGAAGGUGGUAGAGAUUCUCAGGGGGGAUCAAGCAGCUGCUUUGAGCAACUAGAGCGAAUCCUAGAGCUGAAGCUGGUUCAUGUGCUGAACAUGACCACGGCAGAGAUUUGUACUUACUCGGUGCAACCAGGAGAGACUGUGGCAUCUCUGCAGGAGCGAAUCCAGCAAGACACACACAUCUGCCCAGCCAAUCAGGAGCUGCUGUUGGAGGCGGGGCUUGCCCUGGAGCCCCACAAUGAUGUGAUGCAAUGUGCUGUUGAUUAUACUUUGGUUGACGGCCGUCGGGCAGAUGUGCCACUGGUCUUCCUGUUUGACCGUUCCUGCUGCAACUAUGAGCCCCAGUUCAGCCCACGUAUCCUCCCCGAAAACAUCCGAUUUGUCCAGACGGAGCCAAAGCGCAUGUUGCCAUAUAGCCCACAGAGGCGCACAUGUGGCCAAGCCUGGCACACCAUACGCACACUGAAGGAGGACUGGCUGAAGCUGCAGCAGGGCCAGAAAGCGGCCAUUAUGAGUCUGUUGAGGCAUAAUGGGUCAUUGUCCAAGCAGAAGAAUGAAAUGGUGUCUGUGCACCAGAGACUCAAAGCUACACUUGACUUCUUCACCACCAGUCUGCACAUAGACAUGGACAAAUAUCAGGAACAGAGAGCUACUGGCAUUGCUUCAGAAAAGUUACUGAGUGUCUGGCGAGAGAUGGAGCAAACUGCAUUAAACCGUGGCCAGACGGAGGAUGUGAAUAUUCUGGAAGAGGAGAUGAUGAAGCUGCAGACUGAUAUAGUGGAUCUACAAAGACAUCCAUGGAGGAGUGGCGAAGCGCUGGAGUCUCUAGAAGGGAAGGCGAUGGAGUUGUUCCGCAAGCUGAGGGAGAAGCCCAGAGAACAACGGUGUGUAGGUGAUUGUCAGGAAGUCGUGAAGCUGGUGGUCCAGGCAAUUCAGUUCUAUGAGAAAAAACUUCGCGAGUUCUACGCACACCUCAGCAAGACAGUGGUUUGCAGGCAGAGGGUGAUGGAGCUGCUGCCGCGGGUGGAGGGUGUGGUGAGCAGCAUGGCUCAAUGUGAGCAAGACCUGCUGCGUAUGCAGGAGAAGAGACAAAAGGAGCUGUGGAACCUGCUCAAAGUGGCUUGUAGCAAGGUUCGGAGUCCUGUGAGUGGAAGUCCAGAUGGAGGUCGGACCUCACCAUCUUCUGCUCCUCCACCCUCUGCAACACGACCUCCACCUCCUAACAGCCUCCCUAUUCUCCACCAAACGGAAGAGUCUUUCACAGUAAUUGAAGAAAGCAAGACUUUUGAAAACCGGCUGCAGAGUCUAGUGCAGGAGACAAUUAGGGAGGCAGAAACCAACAUGCAGAUGCUACAGGAAUGGACGUGGCUCAGUGGGGGCCAGGAUCUCUCCUGAUAUUACAACAUGCCUUUAAGACCAAGACCAUAUUUGAAUGUGUUCCAUAUUCAUUAACUGUGGAUCUCUCUUGCCUCCCAGUGGAAAAAACUGACUCACUGCAGGCAGCAUUGGAAUAGUUCUGUCCCCCUUUAUACUGUAUUUGGUAAAGUGAAUUCUAUAAAUGUGAAUAUUCUACAAUCAUGGAUACUGGAUUAAUGUAUUGAAUUUGCACAUGGGAAUGUUGAAUUUGCACAUGGGAAAAAACCUGCACAUGGGAAAAACAAUUCAUUAUAGUUUUUUAUAUCUAAGUUCACUUUUAAUCAUUUCAAACUGUCAAAUUUCAAAGGUUUGUCAUGGAUACACUUCAUUUAAAUAUGAACCAGAAGACAUUUAAUUGAUUGAAUAUUCCUCUUUAUGGUUUCCACAGCAUAGGUUUCAGUGUCUUAUCUCGUCAGCACAGUCAAGAAUAUAAACAGGUAUGAGUUUUGAAAGAAGACGAGACAACGAACCCUUUGUUGUCAUCUCCUCCCAAAACAGACAUCCAAAAUAAAGGAAUAAUAUUCUAGAUUUGGAUGAAAAUGAUAGAAACAAAACAACUUGUAUGAACAUGAGUGGAAAAGGAUAUCCUGUUUGCAGAGGGUUCUGUUCCCACUCCCAAGUCCCACUGAAAGCAUGAUCCUUAAAUGGUCUACACAAGGACAAGAUGGGAAAUGACAUUCACACCAGAAGUGUCCUUUGAUAUUACCUAACAGUAAAUGUCUUGUGAUCACACUUUUGUUUUGAAACAUUGAAAAACCAAACUGCAGGUUUAAUUCCACAGAUCGGAAAACUGUGAAAAG